AUGCUGCACAUUUCUUUCAUCAUUACAGACGUCAUUGAUGAAGUCAUAGGAAUUUCUACUCUCAGCCCAAAUUCUUCGUAUCGUUCAUUACCCCCUGGCCCAACUUCCAGAACUAUGAAUGGACAGACUUCACACACAGAGCCGGAGUACAAUGACGUAGUCUCCCCACUACCAGACAUAGAAGCCAGCAGCUACUCAGUCUGUACCCGGCCAUGGGACUGUGUGUUGGUUGUUUGUUCCGGUGACGAUAGCAUUCGGCGUCGGAAGUGGAUUCGAACCCGUUCUUCUAGAGCACACGGUAGCUUAGAGGCCCUUCCUACUCCGCCCACACUGACCACUCGAGGAAGUGGCAGCCGGUCUCCACCUGCGUCCUCACCCUCCUUGGACGUCCUUCCUCCUCCCGAUGAUGGAACUGUCUCCCUCCAGCUCCAGAAAAGACUCUGCCCAGCCAGGACUGGAAGACGCGUCGCCAGAUGUGGUGAUACCAUCUCACCCACAUUCCUACGUGUGUUCACAGCAAACAUAAGCCCCUAUGCAGGUGCCUGCCAAUGGUAUCUCUGA